AUGUGGGCGACCCGGGCAGAUGAGGUCGAGCCAGAAAAUGCUGAUGAGGACGGGGCUUGUUUCAAGGACAACGCCUUUGAGGACGGGGAGGCCAAACCUGGCUCAGGUGGCUCUACACAGUCUGGAAGCAGCUCCUCUUUGAUGCUUUUUGGCGAUGCCUCCAGCAAGAGCUCCAUUUUUGGGCCCGGAUCCAGCAUUUUUGGUGCUUCAAGCGGAUCAGCUGGUCUUGGAGCAGCUGAAGUGGCUGAGAAGGUGAACAUCUUCGAAUCAGCCACGAAAAGCUCAGGCGGCAUUUUCGAAAGCACUGGUAGCGGACCAGCAGCUCCACCUGGCGGUCUUUUUACCUUUGGAGCUGGAUCUGCAAGCUCUGCACCAUCCACCAGUGCUAUCAGUUCCACCAGUGCUAGCAGUUCUACGAGCGCCUUGGCGACUGCGCUGUUUGGUACGGGUUCCACCCCAGCUCCAUCGGCAGCAGCUCCCAGCGGUGGACUCUUCAAAUUUGGGGACACACAAAGUGCUGGCGAAGAAACUGCAAGCGGGGCCACCAGCAUUUUUGCCACUGCCGAAAAAGGUGGCAAUAUUGCAGCAGCAAGCAGCAACAGCAGCAGCAGCAGCAGUACCAGCAUUUUCGGAGCUGCGCAAAAUGCAAGCAGCGGCAGUUCCAACAUCUUUGGAAGUGCACCAGCUGCAAGCGACAGUACCAGCAUUUUUGGAACUACACCAAGUGCAAGCAGUGGCAGUUCCAACAUCUUCGGAAGUGCACCAGCUGCAAGCGACAGUGCCAGCAUUUUUGGAACUACACCAAGUGCAAGCAGUGGCAGUUCCAACAUCUUCGGAAGUGCACCAGCUGCAAGCGACAGUACCAGCAUUUUUGGAACUACACCAAGUGCAAGCAGUGGCAGUUCCAACAUCUUCGGAAGUGCACCAGCUGCAAGCGACAGUACCAGCAUUUUUGGAACUACACCAAGUGCAAGCAGUGGCAGUUCCAACAUCUUCGGAAGUGCACCAGCUGCAAGCGACAGUGCCAGCAUUUUUGGAACUACACCAAGUGCAAGCAGUGGCAGUUCCAACAUCUUCGGAAGUGCACCAGCUGCAAGUGGCAGUUCCAGCAUUUUUGGAACUACACCAAGUGCAAGCAGUGGCAGUUCCAACAUCUUCGGAAGUGCACCAGCUGCAAGCGACAGUACCAGCAUUUUUGGAACUACACCAAGUGCAAGCAGCGGCAGUUCCAACAUCUUCGGAAGUGCACCCGCUGCAAGCGACAGUACCAGCAUUUUUGGAACUACACCAAGUGCAAGCAGCGGCAGUUCCAACAUCUUCGGAAGUGCACCAGCUGCAAGCGACAGUACCAGCAUUUUUGGAACUACACCAAGUGCAAGCAGUGGCAGUUCCAACAUCUUUGGAGCUGCACCAGCAAGUGGCAGUUCCAACAUCUUUGGAGCUGCACCAGCAAGUGGCAGUUCCAACAUCUUUGGAACUACACCAAGUGCAAGCAGUGGCAGUUCCAGCAUCUUUGGAACUACACCAAGUGCAAGCAGCGGCAGUUCCAACAUCUUUGGAGCUGCACCAGCAAGUGGCAGUUCCAACAUCUUUGGAGCUGCACCAGCAAGUGGCAGUUCCAACAUCUUUGGAGCUGCACCAGCAAGUGGCAGUUCCAGCAUCUUUGGAACUACACCAAGUGCAAGCAGCGGCAGUUCCAACAUCUUCGGAAGUGCACCAGCUGCAAGUGGCAGUUCCAGCAUCUUUGGAACUACACCAAGUGCAAGCAGCGGCAGUUCGAACCUCUUUGGGGGUGCACCAGCUUCAAGUGGCGGAUCGAACAUCUUCGGAGGCGCACCCACUGGCAGUUCCAGUAUAUUUGGAAGCAACCAGAGUAACCAGAGUCAAAGUAACUCGUUUGGUGGAGCACAAGGCGGAUUUGGAGGAGCCCAGGGCAUGUUUGGAUCAUCCUCUGGAAGUACCUUUGGCGCUGGAACUUUUGGGCAGAGUUCUGGAGGUGCCUUUGGGCAAGGAAGCUCUGGUGGUGGCAGCAUGUUUAUGUUUGGACAACCUCCACCGCAACAGCCUCAAGGCGGUAUGUUUGGUGCAGCUCCUGCACCUGGUUUCGGGGGAAACUUUGGGUCAGGUGGUGCUCCUGGUGCUCCUCCUGGUGCUCCUGGUGCUCCUGGUGGAGGAGGCUUCGGGCAAGUGCAGGCUGGAGGCUUUGGCUUCGGACCCGUACCAGGACAAGGAGGUGGCGCCUUCGGUGCCCAGGCUGCUGGGGGCUGCGGUGGUGGCAACCUCUUUGCUCAGCCAAAUCCUGGAGGGCCUCCUGCCGGGAGGAGGAUUGUCAGGGCCAAAAGAAGAGCUGGAUGA